UCAAUUUCACCGGUUGACCUUCACCGGGAAAACGUGGUUUUGAUUCGGAUCAAUGUUUUUGGAUUAAAAAAAAAGGCUUAAGAAAAACUUCAAUAAACGACGUCGUUGUCGUUUCCUCGCCUCAGAGGGAAAGCUAGAAACGAGGGGCGGAGCCUAGGGUUCUUCCUCUACCAUUACUUCCCAUCUCGAUUUUGAUUGAACACACGAACUUCAAUUAGUGAUUUCUGUAGCUAAACAAAGAGGUAAUGGCGAGAAAAUACAGUGAUUCCAGUGACGACGAAAGGAGUAGGUAUCGUCGUCACGAGAGAAGAAGCGAGCGUUGGCGCGUCGUCGAUAAUGAUAAAGAUGGGGGCAGAAUUGGUGAGCAGGAAGAUAGGGAUCGAGAGGAAAGGAGGGGAAGAGAUGUUCGAGAAAGAAAGUCAUCGAGGGUAAGUUCCGACGAAGAAGGAGAAUUGGUGGAGAGAGAAAGGGGCGAGCCAGAUAGAGAGAGAAAUAGUGACCGUAGGGAUAGGGUUAAAGAGUAUAAUCAUAGUUCUGAUGAAGAUAAUGACCAGCGGGAGAGGAGAGACAGGCAUGAAAGAGAAAGAAACCGUCGGCAUGAAAAUGGGCAUAGACGGCGAGAAGCUGAGGAUAGAAGUAGGGACCGGCACUGGAAAUCAGAACGAGAGAGGGAUAGAAUUGAUGAUGACAGGCGCAGGAGGCAUAAGAACAGAGAUGAAUCAGAUGAUGAUGGCGAAAAUGGGAGACGCAAGGAGAAAAAUGAAUCGGGGGAAGAUGGCGACCGUGGAAAGGUGGUUGAAGACUCAAAACCUCGAAAAACAACAUCCGGAGAAGGAAAUCUGAACACUGAAGCAUCAAAUUUGGGCAGAAGUGGAGGGGUUUACAUCCCUCCUUUUAAAUUGGCCCGAAUGAUGAAGGAAGUUCAAGAUAAAAGCAGUGUCGAGUACCAGAGAUUGACAUGGGAUGCCCUUCGUAAGAGUAUUAAUGGGCUUGUGAACAAGGUUAAUGCCACCAACAUAAAGAACAUUAUCCCAGAACUGUUUUCCGAGAAUCUGAUUCGAGGGAGGGGUCUCUUCUGUCGAUCAUGUAUGAAGUCUCAGAUGGCAUCUCCGGGCUUUACUGAUGUUUUUGCUGCACUGGUUUCUGUUGUGAACACUAAAUUUCCUGAGGUCGGAGAUCUUUUAUUGAGAAGGAUAGUUUUGCAGCUCAAGAGAGCAUAUAAGCGGAAUGACAAGCCUCAAUUGCUAGCUGCUGUUAAAUUUAUAGCACAUCUUGUGAACCAGCAAGUGGCUCAUGAGAUUAUUGCUCUAGAACUCCUUGCUGUUUUGCUGGAGAAUCCCACCAAUGACAGUGUUGAGGUUGCGGUUGGUUUUGUCACAGAGUGUGGGUCCAUACUUCAAGACAUGUCACCAAAAGGCCUGGAUGGAGCUUUUGAGCGAUUUCGUGGAAUUCUUCAUGAAGGAGAGAUUGACAAGCGGGUGCAGUUUUUGAUUGAAGGCCUUUUUGCCAUUAGAAAAGCCAAAUUUCAGGGGUACCCUGCUGUACGUCCAGAGCUGGACCUUGUAGAGCAGGAAGACCAGUUAACACAUGAGAUAUCACUCCAGGAGGACAUAGAUCCCGAGAUCACUCUUGAUAUUUUCAAGCCAGAUCCUAAUUUCCUUGAAAAUGAGAAGCGCUAUGAAGAAUUAAGGAAAAACAUCCUUGGUGAGGAGUCUGCGGAUGAAGAAGGUUCUGAUGCAGCUUCAGGUGAUGAGGAUGAUGAUGAUGAUGAGGAGGAGGAGGAGGAGGACGACGACGACGACGACGAACAACAGAUGCAAAUAAAAGAUGAAACUGAAACUAAUCUUGUAAAUCUUCGGAGGACAAUUUAUCUGACCAUCAUGUCCAGUGUAGAUUUUGAGGAGGCUGGCCACAAGUUACUGAAAAUCAAACUCGAGCCAGGCCAGGAGAUGGAAUUAUGCAUCAUGCUUUUGGAAUGUUGCAGUCAGGAGAGAACUUACCUCCGGUACUAUGGUCUUUUAGGGCAGCGAUUUUGCAUGAUCAACAAAGUCCACCAAGAAAAUUUUGAGAAGUGCUUUGUUCAACAAUAUUCCAUGAUUCAUCGGCUAGAAACAAAUAAGUUGCGUAAUGUGGCAAAGUUUUUUGCCCAUUUACUUGGUACUGAUGCCCUGCCUUGGCAUGUGAUAGCUUAUAUACGCUUAACUGAAGAGGACACCACUUCUUCUUCUCGUAUAUUUAUCAAGAUUCUCUUCCAGGAGUUGUCAGAGCAUCUUGGAAUCCGUACAUUGAAUGAACGUCUUACAGAUCCUGCAAUGCAAGAUACAUUUGAAUCUAUUUUCCCUAGAGAUAAUCCGAAGAAUACACGCUUUUCCAUCAAUUUCUUCACAUCCAUUGGGCUUGGUGGCAUCACAGAAAAUUUGCGCGAAUACUUGAAGAAUAUGCCACGGCUUAUCAUGCAACAGCAAAAACCUGUCUCAGAAUCUGAAUCGGAUGAUGAAUCUGGAAGCUCUGGUUCAUCAGACUCAGGAUCUGGUAGUUCAGAACCAGAGUCAGAGUUGGAGUCAGAUUCAUCAAGCUCUGAUGAGGACGAAAGACUCCAGAAGCGGAGUAGAAGUGAUAGGGAUGAAAGAAGCAGGAAGCGAAGUAGAAAGGAUAGGGAUGAAAGAAACAGGAAGCGUAGUAGAAGAGAUUAGGGAAAUGGAAACCUCCUUCUGCAAGGUCAAAAGCUUGAUGUUUUAAAUUUAGAUAUUUAGUUGAGGCCAUCAUGUAAAUAUGGCAGGUUCUCUACAAGCUUUUUCGCAUUGUAAAUCUCUAUUCAGUUCGAUGCUUUAAAAUGUAUUUCACGUUCAAGUAGUUGAGUGUCCUGUACUUAAUCUUGUAUUAUUAUCUUUAGCAUAUGUUCUAGAUUUGUUUGAGAAAUUGUGAUUAUAGACUAGAGAUCAAUUUUGGCUGCUGUUACGGAUUCAUGGAAAUGAUCACAGAACUUUGUUGCACAAUAGUAGAGGCCCAUGCACUUUUACUCCU